AUGGACUAUCACGCAGACCAGGUCCCCAUCGUCCAGCAGGCCAACCGCGUGUGGUGCGUCUACCCCAUCAGCGGCUGCUACACCUCGCUCCAGCGGCACCUCUUCUGGGUCGUCUGCGCCUUCGUCCUCUUCGGCCACGCCCACGAGUGGCUCACCCGGGCCGCCAUCGGCUUCGCAGCCAGCUACUCGGCGGCCGCGGCCGCGCACCAGGUGCUGCUCGCCUUCCAGGCCGGCCCGCAGCACGACGCCGACAUCUUCGCGACGGACCAGGUCACGCAGACGUCGAUGCUCAUGCUCGUCGCCGUGGCGCUCUUCUGCCCGGGCCUCGUGCGGCGCACGCCGCUGGUCAUGGUCAUGGGCUGGGUCGGGCUCGUGUUCGCGGCGCACCUGGCCGGGGCGCUCGUCUCGGCCCGGCUCUGGGACGGCGUGUCGCGGUCGCUCGUGCUGUCCGCCUGCCGCGGGGACGGGCCGUGCGACGACCCGUGCGGCCGGAUGCAGGCCAGCACGUUCUUCCGCGGCUACGGCGGCGACGCGAUGGUCCCGCUGCGGUGGGACACGGUCAACGUCACGUACGCGGCGCCGUCGCUGCCGCCGGCGCCAUCGCUGGACGACACUGUCGUGGUUAUGCCUGAGAAGGGCCCAGGGUGGGAGGUCGUGAGAUUCAUGGUCAAGCAGGCGCUCAAGGUCGCGCUGCCCAUGGCCGUGGCCAAGGUCAACGCCGUGCACUCCCCGCAGGAGGUGAGGGACAAAGUAUUCCUACGGUCUCUGUCACGCAGACAGCUGAGGCCGCAUCUCCUCCGGGCCGGGUGGAAGGCGUGGACGCUGUGGACGUUUGUCUGGGCGCGGCAGGCCUGCUGGCUCCUGUGCACGCUCGUGCCUGCGUUUGCCAUGAUCGACCUGCCCUUUCGAGUGGUCUGCUUCUUCCUAUUCCACGCCUUCGGGUUCCGCAUCCCCGAAGUCGACGACGUGACCUACCUCGAGCCCUGCAUCACUUGGCCGCGCUACCAAGCUGGUAGGCUACCUCACCUGGUUCCCCGUGCUCCUGCCGCAGAUCAUACAGGCGGAGACCUUCCUGCGGACGCUGCCCGAGUCCGAGUCCGUCCGCGCGGUCGGGCAGUGGUCGCCCUGGCUGGCCGUCACGCUGGCGCUGGUGGCCGCCAUCCUGGAGCGCAUGACCGAGGCGCGGUCGCGUCCGCCGCCGCCGCCGGACGGAGGAGGAGGCGACGGGCAGGCCCGCACGGACUGGCUGGACGCGGCCUACGUCCGGCGCGCGUGCGAGGACGCGGCCUCGCGGGCGGGGCGCGAGCUCGCGGAGGCGAAGGGGUGGUGGCGCCGGCCCGAGGACGCGCUGGAGGCGUGGAUGCGGGCGAGCCUCGCGCACGACGUGUCGGAGGAGAUGUUGCCGCGGACGAUGCUCUCGGCGCUGGGGCAGGUCGGCGAGCUCAAGAGGGGCCGGGCGGCGAUCCUGCCGCUGACGAGGGUCCGGGGCCGGCGGAGCUGGGCCGUCGUGGUGCGGGGGCUGCACAGCGCGGUGCGGAGGGCGGAGAGCUGGGGGAGGACGACGGAUGCAGGGGGUGGUGA